AAACCGAAAAAGUCACACCCACCGCAUUGUAAAUUGUUAACACAUCACAGGAAGCACUUUUGCAUUUGGCAAGCGAGAGUCUGGGAGAGAUUCUCUCGCUUUCAUUUCUAGCUUCCGACCUCGCCUCUCUCUUUCUCUCCCCAUUACCACAAAACCCUUGGUCUCUCUCACACACUCUCUCUCUUUCUCCGAUGGCUCUCUCUGACAAAUCUUCGCGUCAGUCUCUGAUCCCAAGCUUCCUCUACUCCUCUUCCUCCACCGUCUCCACCUCGCACAAAUCCUUCGCUCUCGACAAGACCAUGCUCGGUGCUGCUGCUCCAGCAAGCUCCAACAGCGGCGUCUCGUCUCCGGCCAGGAACUUCGUCGUUCCGGCGCCGAACGAGCCCGGCAAGAUCGAGAUGUACUCGCCGGCCUUCUACGCCGCCUGUACCGCCGGCGGUAUUCUCAGCUGUGGUCUCACUCACACGGCCGUCACUCCUCUCGAUCUCGUCAAGUGCAAUAUGCAGAUUGACCCUGCAAAGUACAAAAGCAUCUCAUCUGGUUUUGGAGUGUUGUAUAAGGACCAGGGUUUCAGAGGCUUCUUCAGGGGUUGGGUGCCAACCUUGCUUGGUUACAGUGCUCAGGGUGCCUGCAAGUUCGGAUUCUAUGAAUUCUUUAAGAAGUACUACUCUGACCUUGCUGGACCUGAGAAUGCAGCCAAGUACAAGACCUUUAUCUAUCUUGCUGGUUCUGCAUCUGCCGAGUUCAUUGCUGACAUUGCUCUAUGCCCAUUUGAGGCAGUGAAGGUCCGGGUUCAAACACAGCCUGGUUUUGCUAGAGGUCUGUCAGAUGGGCUUCCCAAAUUUGUUAAAUCUGAAGGAUAUGGAGGGUUGUACAAGGGACUGGUUCCUCUCUGGGGACGUCAGAUUCCAUAUACAAUGAUGAAGUUUGCAUCUUUUGAGACGAUUGUGGAGAAUAUCUAUAAGCAUGCCAUCCCCACACCGAAGAACGAGUGUAGCAAAACUCUGCAGCUUGGUGUGAGUUUUGCUGGUGGAUAUGUGGCUGGUGUAUUCUGUGCCAUUGUGUCUCAUCCUGCUGACAAUCUUGUCUCCUUCCUCAACAAUGCCAAGGGGGCAACUGUUAGUGAUGCUGUGAACAAGCUAGGUGUUAUGGGUCUCUUUACCCGUGGGCUUCCUCUCCGUAUUGUCAUGAUUGGAACUCUUACUGGAGCUCAGUGGGGAAUCUAUGAUGCCUUCAAAGUUUUCGUGGGAUUGCCAACAACUGGUGGUGUUGCUCCUGCUGCUACUGAGCUUGCAAAGGCAUAAAAUUUCAGAUGAUCAUCACAAGUUUUUGUCAUUUUGUUGAACGUAGGAAAGACAAUUAUAGGGUUUCAAUAAACAAUAGGAUUGUUGAAGUUACUUGGUGGAUGGCUCUGAAGCCAGUGGGGAGUAUUCUUUUGCAUUUGGAACUGGCCAAUUUUCCUAAUUUGGCUUGUGGAAGGAUGGUUUUGCUCUUAUCCUUCUGAUUACUUUUAAAACUAUGUAGUUAGAUCUAUAAUGAAUUUGCAAUAUGAUGUUAGGAUCAUGGUUCCCCCAUAAGCUCUGGUCAAAGAAUAAUUGGCAGAUGGGGUGAUAUACUGAGUUCUCUUAUUUUACAUCUCUUUGAAUGCACUUGAUAUGAGCGGAAACAUGUUUUCUUGUCUUUACUCAUUUAUUCAGUUCAUUCUGGUUGAUUUUCUCA